CCGCUCUGGGCAUGCGCAGGGGAGGCGGGCGCGCCAGCGCGCGGCGCGUCGUAACGGCCGGCGGGCGGAGGUGAUGCUGCUGGCGAUGAGGAGGAGGCGGAGGAGGAGGCGGAGGGCAGCGCGCCUGCGCGCGUAGUGGCCGCCGCCUCCGCAGCCCGGGGGAGACCGGAUCCUCCGCCCCCUGCUUUCCCGCUCGCCCCGCGCCGCCCGCGCUCGGGACGCUGAGGCCGAAGAGGAAGCGGCGGUUGGAGAUACAAUCUCCUUGAUGCCCUCAAGUUUCUGGACUCCAGUGCUGUCAGUGAUGGCUUUGAUGGCUUCAGAAAAGAGGAAAACCUCCAAGUCUGAAACUGCUUCAUCAAUUACCUGUUUCUUUUUCACUACUGAAGAAGCAAAUUUGUUACGUUGCUUGGGAAUGUAGAGCUUCCAACUCCUUUUUCUCCUUUGUUUCCCAUCUUUGAGAUCUGUUGGCUAGGUGUAUUGGUUUAAAUAAUUGCUUUUAAUCUUUCUUAGCAUUUAUACACCCCCUCUCCCUGUGCCAUGAGAUUGUAUAUGCAUUUUGAAACAUGUUGAUUUGUAAUUCAGCAUAGCCUUAAUACUGAACUUGGUACUUUCAUUGAUAGCUGGGAGGAUCACUGUCUCUACACACUUGAAUGCUUGUGUAGUUUGGCAUAUGGUCGUUCAGUUCUUAAUUCUGACAUUUUAUUAUGUUAAAAAUAGUGAGUGACUCACUUCUUUAGACAUGUUUUUACUUGUGAUUUGUAUGAAACUGCGCUUGGAUGGAAACUGGAAUUUGAUUAAAAGUGCACAAAAGUAGCAUUUAGAACUUUUUAUUAGUUAUAACUUGCUUAAAUGAGCUGGAUGUCCAGGCAGUUAAGUCCCCCUCCCUCAACACAGUGGUUUAUUGAAGUGUUAAUUGUAGUUAAGUUAGUUUCAGAGGUGUUUAGAUGGUUGAAGGUGCAGAUAGGAACCUGCCUGUGGAACGUUAACAUGUCCUUGUUUCCCAGAAUUUUAUUGGAAGUUAGGCAUCUAAUCUGGCUUAUUAAUGGGAUCUUUAGAGGAACCUAUUUCUUUUCCUAGUAUCAAAAUAUCUAAGUUAUCUAAGGAAAGGUGUGUCUACACAUCUCUGUUCUGCCCUUAUUACUUGGGAAACAAAAGUAAAUUUUUUGUUUAAAACAUAAAAAAGCUUAAGAUGACUCUAGUUCAGUUGAAGAUUAUACUAUAUCUGUAUGACUUUCAUAUUUCGCUGUUAUUCAGAUUGGAAAUAAUAAUUUUUUUCACAACGUAAAUCAAAAUAUAGCGCUAACACUUCCAUGUAUGUAGUGCAGUAUGUAUUUCUGUUUAUAGAGUUAUAUCUCUGUUUAUAAGUCUUUGUCUGACCUUAGAAGAUAAACGGAUUCAAGGAAGGCAAUUAAUAGCACUGUGCCAUAACUCAUUAACAUUUAAUGAUUGAUUUUUGGAAUGGCCUAUUUCAGAUUUGAACUACAUGCACCAAUGUUAAAGCCACCUCAUUAAAAUAACUUACUCUAUAAGGAAUAAUUAUGUAAAACAAAACAAACCCUCUUAUCCACUUGUCACUUAAUGUUGGUCUCCAGCUUGAUAUGGAGUUACUUUGGAUCACUGGGUAACAUUUUGGUUCAAUUUGCAAUCUAGUACUGCAGGGGCUUUCCAGCUGCUAUCUACCAACCCUGCUUUUGAUAGCAGUCUUUCAAGAAGUUACCCAGAACAAGGUGGCAUAAGAGGUAGGUCAUUCCAGUGGCACACUAGUACUGAGGGAAGAGUCUCCUUCAUGGAACUUGGGAUUCGAGGAGUAUUUUUACUCUGUUAGCAUCAUAUGCUGAACUGAAUUUCUAACUUCAGCCAUCUGUAUCUUUUCAUCCAUAAAUGACAAAUGUCUACUUCUGUGUAGCUGUUAGAACUACAGAAGACUGUUGAUCUUUUCAAGUUUGUAACACCAUCAAUGCCACUGUUUUUCAGUUAGCUGAGAUUAAGAGCUGUAUGCCAACCAAGCAUAGUGCAGUGCGCGACAUUAGAUUGGGACUUGUGAGAACUGAGCCUCUUAGGGUUUUCCUUUGUCCAAAGCCACACACUUGCCAAAUUGCUGCUUAUUUCAGUGUGUCAGUAUUUCAUCCUCUAAGGUGAGAGGGACAUCGCCUUUAAAAAUUGUCUUGAACUCUUCAGGGAGGGGUGUGAGAGAGAGUCAAGUAGUCUUGGAUGACUUUCCAUGCACAAAAUGAUGUUCGUACACCACUUACCCAAAUGUUUUGAACAAAUUCACUUCUCUUUGUCAAGUGAUUAUAGAAAUAACAGUAACUUUAGAACAAAAAUUCAGAGAAUGUUGACAGAUUGUCCUUCUAGGAGAAUUUAGUAUCGUUCCAGUAGAAUGGAGUGGGAUGGGACUUUUAUGUUCUUCAGCAAACAGUUAUCACUGUCAGCAAAACACAGUAUAGAUGUGGAAAACGGGACCUGUGUACUUAACGUGUGCUUGUUCCUCCCAGCAGAAGACCUCCCUAAUGCACAACAUUGAAAAGACACUCUUUCAGAUCAGCUGUAAGCCAAGGAGACCAGCUUUGUGAAUUCACAGUUCAGAGGUGGUUCACAUCCACAUAAAUGUUCUGCAGCAAGGCUCCUGUCAUCUCCUCAGUCUUUUCUGUCACUCAGGGUCAUACUCAAAUGUUCCAGCUAUUUAUAGUAAUUAAUUUCACAGUUUCAACUUGUCUUCUGUUCAACAGGUCCACUUUUUCAGUUACCCACUGUCAGCCUCAUGUUGCCAAAACUGUCUUCGCUCUUACUACCAGGUGUAUAUCAAUUUCUCUGUGGAAUCUUUUAGUUCUGUUAGCCAAUGACUAAAACUCUGUAUGUUUAAGUUUUACUUUUUUCCUUCAGUUUCUAAAGAUUUAUAUUCUUUAAAAUUACAUCAGAACAUGAAGUUAUGAUACCAAUGAUUUCUUAAAUCUUACUAAGCUUUAAAAGAAGUAAUACUGAAGUUCUGCCUGAACAAAGCUUAAUCCACCAGUUUGUAUUCUUAAAGCUGUACUCUAAGUCAGGAAAAACAAUGCUGUGGAUAGACCCUGGAUACCAGCAGAGCCAUGAGCUAUUUAUUUCUAUGGAGCUAACACACUUAGGAAGUCUGCAUGUCUUUGUAGCCAUUUAAGGUUCAGUGCAAAAUCUGUCAAUGGAUUAGGUUGCACAUUAAGCUAUUAUCAGAUAACCAGGAUAGCAGUCAGUGAGGUAGAGACUGGAUAUGUAUUAAUUUGGUGAAAAGAAGCUGAGACUUGAAGAAAAACAGUAAUUGCUUUAGAUAAGCCAGUUCCUUGAUGCACUUCCAGUUUUGUGACUUUGGUGUUUAACAGCACUUGAAACUCAAAGGUCUGUAUGAGGGCAGGAAUUCCAUGCUAAUAGAUAUUAUUACAGGAGAUAGUAGUCUCUCCUUCUCCCUCCCCAAAAUAUUAACACUUAUUCUGUUUUUUCUUAAUUAACUGGCUUCACUUCAACAAACUGAACACUGAUGGCUUUGAUUAUUUUAAUUGUUCUCCAGUUAAACAACCAGUGAAAACUAAGAGUUUGAAUAUGUGUGUGUAUUUUCUCUUCGUGUAUAUUUCAUCACUGAUAAAGAAUUAGGUCACUGACACUAAAUUGGUAGUAACUGAAAUGGCAUUAAUUAAGCAUAUCUGUUUUAAGUGAGUGAGUUUAAAAGACAGCUAUCUUUGAAUUGUGUUACAGGCAGGCCUCUGUUGAAAUAGCAGAUCUCUCACGUGGCUGGCAGGUAUUUCUACAGUGUUCAUCUUGCACCUAAUCUUGUAAUUUUGCCUGGAAUUUAAAGUAUGUCAUUUCAAAUAAGAUGGAUUUCUACAUUCCCCAUUCUUCGUGAACUAGUGAUAGUGACUUAGAUGUUAGACAAAUACGUCACUGGUUGUUCCUAAAUUUGGGAGUGGAAAAGAACAGUGCAACAUUAGAUAAAUCUUGAAGUACUUGAUAGAUGUGGUACUCUGUCCUUUAUGAUAAUGAUUUUACUGUCAAAACUCUCCCAUUCUUAAUUAUGUUUCUGUGUUUGUGUAGAAAGUAAGAUAAAACCUGACUGUUUUUUAAGAGAGGAAAUAUCCAAACAAGAAAACAGACUUUGGUAGCUUGUGGUCACUUUAUAAACACUUUGUAGGUAUUUUGACUGCCGCUAUUCCAUCACUCCUUUGCUACUGUUAUCUGUUUAAUUUUUUUUCCUCCUGUCUAUAGUGGUAGUGCUUGUCUGGCUGUAUGGAAAUGACUUGGAACAAAGGAUAAAGUGGAAUGUAAAUAGAUGAAGCGCUUCUGGAGAGAGCUGAUGAAGCAAGCAAGUCACUCAAGUGCAGCCACUGAUCACGAGAUGUUACCACGAAAUCUACCUCAGACUUCGCUUUUGCUCAUUCAUUUGCUGCAUCAUUAUAAGUCUCAACAGGAUCUCUGCAGAUGCUCUUGAAAGUCUCUGAACAGAUUGUGACAUCACGUCAAAGCAUGAUGACCUAACAGUAGGUCAAAAUCUAAAACAUUGAUUCAGCAGUCCAAGCUAAACUGCAUUUUGUUAUCAGUAUCGCUUCUGAAGGCUACAGACCUCCUGCCAUUUCUUCCCUGGUUACUUCAGAAACAUUCAGCUGACCCUUUUCUGGUAGAAAGAUCUUGACUUUUCUCUCUGGUCCUGGAAACAUUAAUGGAAUACAGUCAUGUCUACCCAGGACGAGAGGCAGAUAAAUACCGAAUAUGCUGUAUCCUUGCUGGAGCAGUUAAAAUUGUUUUAUGAACAGCAGUUGCUCACUGACAUAGUAUUGAUUGUUGAGGGCACUGAAUUCCCCUGCCAUAAGAUGGUUCUUGCAACAUGUAGCUCGUAUUUCAGAGCCAUGUUCAUGAGUGGGCUGAGUGAAAGUAAACAAACACAUGUACAUCUGAGGAAUGUGGAUGCAGCCACUUUACAAAUUAUAAUAACUUAUGCAUACACGGGUAACUUGGCAAUAAGUGACAGCACGGUAGAACAGCUUUAUGAAACUGCCUGCUUCUUACAGGUAGAAGAUGUGCUACAACGAUGUAGGGAAUACUUAAUUAAAAAAAUUAAUGCAGAAAAUUGUGUGCGUCUGUUAAGUUUUGCUGAUCUCUUCAGCUGUGAGGAGUUAAAACAGAGUGCUAAAAGAAUGGUAGAGCACAAGUUCACAGCUGUGUACCACCAGGAGGCUUUCAUGCAACUGUCUCAUGAUCUACUGAUAGAUAUUUUAAGCAGUGACAAUUUAAAUGUGGAAAAGGAGGAGACAGUUCGUGAAGCUGCUAUGUUAUGGCUGGAAUACAACACAGAAUCACGAUCACAGUAUUUGUCCUCUGUUCUUAGCCAAAUUCGAAUUGAUGCACUUUCAGAAGUAACACAGAGAGCCUGGUUUCAAGGUUUACCGCCUAAUGAUAAAUCAGUUGUGGUGCAAGGACUGUACAAAUCUAUGCCCAAGUUUUUCAAGCCCAGACUUGGUAUGACUAAAGAAGAGAUGAUGAUAUUCAUUGAAGCUGCUGCUGAAAACCCUGGUAGUCUUUAUUCUUCUGUCUGUUACAGCCCACAGGCAGAAAAAGUUUACAAACUCUGCAACCCUCCUGCUGAUUUGCAUAAGGUUGGAACACUUGUAACUCCUGAUAAUGAUAUCUAUAUAGCAGGUGGGCAAGUUCCUCUGAAAAACACGAAAACCAAUCACAGUAAAAGCAGCAAACUCCAGGCUGCCUUCAGAACUGUGAAUUGCUUUUACUGGUUUGAUGCACAGCAAAACACCUGGUUUCCAAAGACGCCAAUGCUCUUUGUUCGUAUAAAGCCAUCCCUGGUUUGCUGUGAAGGAUACAUCUAUGCAAUUGGAGGAGACAGCGUAGGAGGAGAACUCAACAGGAGAACUGUGGAAAGAUACGAUACGGAAAAAGAUGAAUGGACCAUGGUAAGCCCAUUGCCAUGUGCAUGGCAAUGGAGCACAGCAGUAGCAGUUCACAACUGCAUUUAUGUAAUGGCACACAACUUGAUGUACUGUUAUUUUCCCAGGUCAGAUGCUUGGGUAGAAAUGGCUAUGAGACAAACAAGUAGAUGUUUUGCUUCAGCUGCCGCUUUUGGAGAUAAAAUAUUCUAUAUUGGAGGAUUGCAUAUCGCCAGCAAUUCCGGUAUAAGACUCCCAAGUAGUACUGUAGAUGGGUCUUCCGUAACUGUGGAAAUCUAUGAUGUGAAUAAAAAUGAGUGGAGAAUGGCAGCUAAUAUCCCUGCCAAGCGGUAUUCUGACCCCUGCGUUAGAGCCGUUGUCAUCUCUAAUUCUUUAUGCGUCUUUAUACGAGAAACCCACAUGAACGAGAGAGCAAAGUAUGCCACCUAUCAAUAUGACCUGGAACUUGAUCGCUGGUUUCUAAGACAGCAUAUAUCAGAACGUGUGCUGUGGGACUUGGGGAAAGACUUCCGGUGCACUGUAGGAAAGCUGUAUCCAUCUUGCCUUGAAGAGUCCCUGUGGAAACCUCCAACGUAUCUCUUUUCACCAGAUGGAGCUGAUGAAUUUGAGCUGGAUGGGGAGAUGGUUACUUUACCACCUGUAUAGCUCCCAAAUUAGAUUGUGCAACCAAUUCUGCGCUCAGCUACCCUGAAAGAAAUAGUCACGUAAGAACAGGUCUUGAAAUAGAGAUGUUAAACCUGUCCUUCAUGAGCUGUAUUUUUAUGCCCUACCUAACAUUUGCAGCCAUUCAGUAUAAAUCAGUGAAAUGAGCAGAUACGCUUCCAUAAUCUGAAAUACUAUUAUCUGAUAAUUGAGAAAUAUAUGUAUAUCACAAGCUUAAGCAUCUGACUUGUCUAAAGAAUUAAUUUCUAGUUCUAUAAAGUCUCAGUUCAGCAAAUUAGCUUCAGAAAAGUAAUUACUGUUUCUAGGAUGGUAUGUCACUACUGUUCUGAAAGUAUCUUCCAGUUAUAUUUGAACUACUUCUGGAUAUCCUACUUAAGUGCUAGUUAUGUAAUUCUCAGUGUGGCCUAAUUAAUGGACUGUGCUGCACUUAAUACUAAUAUCCACGUUGGUAUAGUAAUGCCAUUAAAAGAAAAAGAAACAAAUCCCAUGGAUCUACCUGUGGUAGGAAGGGUAGAUCUUCCAUUGUAUGGUAACAUGCAGGGCAAAAUGACUGCAGGUUCAGUCAAGCUGUAUUAUUAGGUGCAUGUAUUCUAUUUUCACUAACUUAUACCUGUCUAUUUAGAAUACAGGUCUUCCAAGCAGCUGGUAGUUUACCAGGUGUGGACUUAAGUUGCUGGGCUUGCAAUAGGAAUUGUCAGCCCUCAUAGUGCGGGUCUGUGUGGAGCUUUAAUCAGUAAAUGUCUCCACAUUCUGUAUUACAGUAACAUUGGCUCAUGUAUAUUACUUCCUGCUGCUGAUGUAUUUUUCCAUUGUAAAACAAAGUUUUAGUGUGGAUUAACCAGGUCUUUAUUUUCUGUUAAUUUAAUAACAAGCAUUACUGUAGUGUGAUUGUGUAUAGAUAUCCCUUAGCUAUCAGGUUUUUUACUUUUUUGGGGGGAGCAAACUGUUCAGGAAUAUCCUGUGCUCUGUGUGCAGGAGAGCAGAUGACUAGUGCUGCUCUGGCAUUAAUCCCAGGAACCACUAGCAGUAGUGGGGCGCUGCCAAUCUAACAUGAACACAGGUGCUUCAUGACAGACCUUACUAGCAUGUUCAGCUGCAUCAUGUUCUGGCACUGUAUUUUGAAUGACAUUAAUUUAUUAAAAAAGACUGAAUCCAA